GGCUGCCAGGAGUGGAUACAAAGAAACGACAAGGCAAAACCGAGCAAGUCUGUAACGUCGGAGCGUAAAUCGCACAGCGCGCCCGGUUGCUCAACGGUUGCACCUGCUCCGUUAGCUGAAAUUCCGCCUUCGGCGUUAAAAGAACACGCGGCUAUCUUUCCCUCCACGUCGACUGGUCAUGACAGCCACGCAAGAAAGGUCGGACGUACUGUUGCCACUCUCUUACUCUUGUUGCGAUAGCGAGUCAAGUAAAACGUGUUGUACCUCUGGAGAAGCACAGUGGCUCGCCGACGACCACAGGCAGUCCGUUACGUUAGUUCUGUCGGUUCGGGUGGCGGUGCCUAGCGUGCAACCAUUGCUGUGAGACGCAAUACAUUUGGGGCCUGAGAAAAGAUUUAGCAAUUGCUUUUAAAUAUCUUAAUAUGCGAAGCACAGUAGCAAGAGAAAACUGGCAUUAGGCCCUUUUCUUUAGUUUGUAAUACGAUUCCUACUCGGCCCUGAAUUUGUCCGAGAACACUGGCUUAUCUUCAGCAGGCCGGUACAGCGUGAGCUUCAAUGGUGCCGCGUACGCAACUCGCCCACAUCGCCUUCUUAUUCCUAGUCUUGGCGGCCAUGCACAGAGCGUCCGUUUUGGGUAUCUGCACGCCGAAUCCACUGUCGCUCUACUUAGGCGACCGCGCAAGCUGCCCGUUCACGAUGACCCCGGACGUGGACCCCACCCGGAUCCCUUCGGUGAUUUAUGUUACCAAGUGCAACUGCCCGGACAGUCGCUGUAGCGACGUGGGCGACUACCGCUGUCAAGAGGUGAAAACCUUGUUCCUGGCGGCGUACCGUGUCGACCGCAACUCGUCGGAACUGACCGGCAAGGUGGUGGAACUGACAACGUCUUGCGUCUGCGCCGUCCCCAUGUCGGCCCCAGCGCAUUGGGGAUCCAAGAUAACCGAAAUACACGGGCCGGAACCGGAGCCAGAACCGGAAUGGAACUUUUUUCAGUGGAACGGAACUGAAACCAGAAAGAAGAACAUUUCGUUCCGACACCCUGCGUCAAAAAGAUUCCUAGAACUGAGAAAAAAGAACCAGAAAGUGAAAGAAAUCUGGCCGCCGACAUUCCCCCCACCGACUGACAGUGGGCCAGUGCCGUCAGCGCCUUCGCAGAGGGAGCGGCAGUACGCGAACGCUGGCAUAAUGAGCACCAUUACAGCCACUUUGGAAGACGACGACGAUGACGACGACGAUGACGACGACGAUGACGACGACUAUGACGACGGCGAUGACGAAUGCGCGAACUUUGACACGAGUCAUUGCUGAUGAUGGUAGUUUUUGUUCACACAGAUUUGUUGACGGAGACGAAAAAAGCAUGGAACCAUAGCUAUAAACUGCUUCGUUGCAAAAUGUAGAAGCAAUCGACAGUCAUUUGUUCACUACGGGCAGUUGUUUCUUUUAUUUUAUUUACAAACCCUUGUUUAGUUCUUCGUGCAAUAAAUUGCAAUUUACUUUUCCCCAUAAGCGAGGUGAAGAUAAUCUUAACAAAUAGUUGCAGGAUUCAUGACAAAAACUGUGAUGUAGACCGCAGUUAUGCAUAUUAGUCACCAAAUUCGUCCCCAAUCUCUUAUGUUUAAGAACAAAGAUAACACCAAAUCUUACGCGUGCCUUUCCAAGGACAGGUACGCCUAGAGAUAACAUCCUGCCCCUUCUUUUAUGUAAUGACGGGAAACGGUUGGUGCGUACGUAGACUGGACAUAAAUGUAUAUUUAAAAAUGCUAUGGUACAAUAAAGUGUUUUAGAAAUGUU